AUGGGCAAGGGAACCGAUAAGCUUUACAUUACCCACUCGGAGUGGUCGUCGUCCGACUCGUUUGGCACCGCGCGCGGCGCAAACAACGCCAGCCGGGCCUCUGCUUCGGGCCUCGCUUCAACAUUCAAGCGCCUUCCGUUCAACUACUGCGCCGUUUCGCUCCAGCCCUUUACCGAUCCCGUGUGCACUGCUUCGGGUACCGUAUUCGACCUCACGCACAUCCUUACCUGGCUGUCGCGACAUCCCGACACAAACCCCGUCGAUGGAACGCCGUUGAAGCGCGCGGACCUCGUUACGCUCAACUUCACCAAGAACGAGGACGGCGAAUACGUGGACCCAGUCACAUACAAGGUCUUCACCGACAACACGCAUAUUGUGGCGUUGAGGAAGAGCGGCAAUGUGUUUGCGUGGGACACGGUCGAGCGACUGAACAUCAAGGCCAAGAACUGGCGCGACCUGGUCAGCGACGAAGAGUUCACGCGCAAGGACAUCAUCACGCUGCAAGACCCACAGAGCAUCGAGUCGAGGGACUUUAGUUCGUACAAGCACGUCAAGGAUGGCGACACGGUGGUGGCAGAGAAUGAGAGCAGCGUGAACAAGGACGCCUUGGGCAAUGCAGCAAAGAUUCUCAAGGCCAGGGAAGCUGUCGCGAAGGCACGUGAAAACAGGAAGAUCAAGGAGCAAGGAGGCACAGCGUCCAAGGCUGUUGCAAACCUGGCACGGAAUGCGUCUGCGGCUGCAUCCACCACCCAACCCAAGAAGCCAGCAUACAAUGCUGCAGUAUACACCUCUGGUAAGGCUGCAGCAUCCUUCACGUCGACGGGCGUCACGCCGCACACAUCGGGCGAACGCGCCCUUCUCUCCGACGAAGACUACAUGCUCAAGCCGAAGCGCGUAAAACAGAAGGGUUAUGCAAGAAUAUCCACGUCCCUCGGCGACCUGAACAUUGAGCUGCUACCCGAAUUCGCCCCGCGCGCCGUGUGGAACUUUGUCAAACUGGCGCAAAAGGGAUACUACAACCACACCAUCUUCCACCGAAACAUCAAGGGCUUCAUGAUCCAAGGCGGCGACCCUACCGGCACAGGCAGAGGGGGGCAGAGCAUCUGGGGCAAGCCGUUUGAAGACGAGUUCGAGGGCCCAGAAAGGCACAGUACACGAGGCAUCCUCAGCAUGGCCAACAAGGGCAAGAACACAAACACGAGCCAGUUCUUCAUCACGUACCGCGCAGCCCCGCAUCUCGACCGCAAACACACCAUUUUCGCGCGCGUAGUAGGCGGGCUAGACACGACGCUGCGGUCCAUGGAGACGGCCGAGGUAGGUGACAAAGACAAGCCCGUCGACGACAUUGAAAUCCAGGAUGUAGUCGUCUUUGUCGAUCCCUUUGAAGAGUGGCAGAAGGAGCGCAAAGACAAGGAAACAAAGGACCAGGAGGCCGAGGAAAUCAAGAGACAGGGCGGCACAGCUGACGACAAGACGACUUGGACCGGCAAACGCAUACGUGCAGACGGCACCGUCGAUAACGCAAGCGGAGACGGCCUCGGUGUCGGCAAGUACCUCCAAGCUGCUAAGCAGGACAUGGCGAAUCAAGACCAAGACGAGAUUGUAGGAUACAUUGACGAGCAAGAAGAAGACGUAGUAGCGCCCGUCAAGAAGAAAGCAAAGACUGGAGGUGGCGGCGGCUUUGGCAACUUCGACGCCUGGUGAACCACCACCACCACCCCCAAACAAAAAAACAUGGGCUUUUGAAUUCUCUCGCGAUAUUUCUCACAUGUGCUACUCGCGGAGAUUUGUAGAACGAAG